AUGGUCUUGGAAGGAAAGCCCUUGAGAUAUUUGAGGAAAUGCUGCGCAGCAGAGAAAGUCCAGACCAUGUCACUUUUUGUCAGCGUCCUAUCUGCAUGCAGUCAUGCUGGAUUGGUGGAAAGAGGUUUAGAAUACUUUGAAAUGAUGCCGGAUCAUGGUAUACUACCUCAGAUUGAACAUUAUUCCUGUAUCAUAGACCUUCUUGGUCGAGCUGGUAAGAUUGACAAGAUAAAGGAGUACAUACAAAGAAUGCCAAUGAAACCUAACGCUCUCAUAUGGAGGACUGUUUUAGUUGCUUGCCGACAGUCAAAAGACGGGUCUAAGAUUGAUCUGGGGAGAGAAGCUUCAAGGGUGCUUUUGGAAAUAGAGCCUCAAAAUCCUGUAAACUAUGUUCUGGCAUCUAACUUUCAUGCAGCUACAGGAAUGUGGGAAGAUACAGCCAAAGCCCGAGCUGCAAUGAGGCAAGCGACAGUGAAAAAGGAUGGAGUUCAUACUUUCAUCGCUGGCGACAGAUCACAUCCAAACACCAAAGAAAUACACGAAAAGCUGAAUUUUUUGAUACAGAAUAUAAGAAAUGCCGGUUAUGUUCCCCUGACAGAGUAUGCCUUGUAUGAACUCGAAGAAGAAAACAAAGAGGAGCUGUUGAGCUAUCACAGUGAGAAGCUAACCGUUGCCUUUGUUCUGACUCGUUCCUCAAGUGGCCCAAUAAGAAUAAUGAAGAACCUUCGGGUGUUAUGUUUUCAUGACAGUCCAUGGGCUGCCCAACGCCCCAACCUAGCAACUUUUGUUCGUCAUGACUACAUGAAUAAGUCCAGAAUACAUACAUGGGAAUACAAAUAUUUAGGUUUUACUUCAAGUGCACAGUGGAAUCGGGGGCUAGUCACAAUUUUGAACCUUGGCGUGAACAGGACGAGGCAGCAGACAGAAAAGAGGAAAAUGGAUGAUGAGGAGGGUGAUGCAAUGAAAGAGAUGGAAAAUAGAGCAAUGGAUUCAAAGCAGGGUAUGGACAUUCGUGCUGCUUUGGAAGAGAUGCAGUCCAUGAAGUCUAGACAAGUGCUGAAUCCAACUCACUACUUGUUAGCGUGCAAGUGUGCGCUGAACGUGGGCGGGCCCAUGCCGACUCCGUUUAGAGCUGCUCUCCUUUCAUCUCGCCCAGUGUACAUUUUUUUUGGUAAAUUGUAUGUAGAUGAUAAACAGCAAAGCAGUUCUAUGAGUAUUAGCAUUUUAGCUAGAAAGGAAGACAUGGAGAAUAGGAAUUCUCCAGCAAAGAGAAUAAGACUGACGCUUAGUAAACAGACAGACUUACUUGGGUUUAAUUUAUUGUCACUUCCUGAGGAUGUUGUGUCACGAAUUAUAGCAUGCAUAACACUGAAGGAAGCUGUACGAAUGAGUACCGUAUGCAGCACGUUGAGAAAAGCCUGGAUCUACCAUCCUAAUCUUGACUUUGAUAUUUCUACAGUGCCUGCCAGUAGUCAGCAUAAUAUAAUGCAGGGCCUUAAGAGGUUUAUUGACACAGUCAAUUUUGUCCUAAGGGAACACAGUGGUUUAGCUUUGAACAGAUUGGCUGUGAACUUUGAAUUGCAUAAGGAACAUGCACAUGAUAUUGAUGGAUGGGUUUCCUUUGCUAUCUCAUCAAAGGCAAGGGUUGUGGUGCUCAAUUUUUCUCCAUAUCUGGGACAACAUGAAAAUAAUUAUAGCUUCCCAUGUCAUCUUUUUAACAACCAAAAUUCAUCUCACCUUGAGGUCCUUCGACUUGAUAGUGUUACUUUGGAUCCAAGUCGAGAAUUUUGUGGCUUUUCAAAUCUUACAACACUUGCUCUGGAGCAUGUGCUUAUAUUGCAAGAUUUACAGUACUUUUUAUUGAGAUGCCCUUUAUUGGAGUGGCUAACCAUCCGACGAUGUCCGGAGCUACAUAAUUUACAUGCUGCUGAACCAUUGCAGCAGUUGAAAUUUCUGUGUGUCCAAGAUUGUGCUGUCCACAGGAUUGAUUUGCUUGCCCCUAAUCUCAGAGUGUUUGAGUACAGGGGUGGUUCAAAAGUGCUUUUCGCACUUAGCGAAUGCCUGAAGCUGAAGACAGCGACUGUUUCAUUUUUCGUUGAGGAUAACCUUGGAUAUAUUUUUACUGAAAUUCCAAAGGGAUUGCCUCAUAUUGAGACUCUACGUGUUGAAAUGACUGUGAAGACUCAGAUACAUGGAUUUAUGAAGGCUCCUCUCAGAUUUAUGCAUUUAAGGAAUUUGAUUAUGAACAUAACCUUUGGAAAUGUUCAACGAUUGGGUAAAAAUGCAGUCCUUCAAUUAGGUUAUCUUUUGGAAGCGGCUCCCUUUUUGGUGAACCUUCAUGUGGAUAUGUACUGCAGAUUUGAAUCUGAGUACCGCCCUAAAAAAGGCGUGAUUGCGGAUCACCCUCACCGUAACCUGAAGGAUGCCUGCAUAACCGGUUUUAAUGGCAAUGGAGGCCAAGUUGCGCUGGUAAAAUAUAUCCUUCGCAACGCCAUACAACUGAAGCGAAUGGCUGUAGAUCCGAGAAGAAAAAUACUGGGGCAACUGGUAGAAGAAUUUGAUGGCCGGAUGAUAGCCGAGUCAGAACUGGUGCCACAUGACAGGAAAGGCGUGCUGACAAUUUUGGGGUGA